CAUUAAAGAAAUCCAUAUCUUAGAAUCGAAGGCUCCCUCUAAACGUUGCUUCUCGUCGUCUUCUUCUUCGAGUUCUCGCCGAGAGAGUCAUCCGAUUUCCAGGGAGAUCUACUCAGGCUCCGGUGACUACACCGCCGUCCCUGGAUUAAUGGAGCCGGCGAAGAUCGACUGGAAGCGCAUUGAGUCAAAGUUCGUCCAUGAUGAGCUCUACGAGCGCAUCAAUGCACCGAAAUGGGCGGAUCUAUCCACCCCUAAUCAGCCCGUAGUGGAUGACGAGACUUGGUUCUGCCGCCCGGAUUGCCGGCACCCCAAGACCGCCGAGGACUUCCGUCGAAUGUCUCCCAGUCCCAAGAUGAAGCACUUCCCGCUCGGCGAGAGGAAUGGUAAUCAAAGAGAUGGCAAUCUCAAGAGAAGAGGAGGGAUUGCUGCAUUGCUCUCCUCUUCAUCCUUCAGAGAAGCACCAAAGGCAAAGCUCACUUCCAUGAAUCUAUGUGAGGAUCUUGAGAACCAGGACCCCAAUUUAUGUAACAAGAAUGCCACUACUACUCCACCUGCAAGCUGUUCGAAGGCGAUGCCGAAGAUUCUCAAGGAGGGCAUCAAGUCUAGCUCAGAGAAGAACAAGGAAGAGGUGGGGCAGGAAUGUGGGCACAAGAAGCUGGCGCCGAAGCUGAGGAGCACACUCUCGGCGAGGAAUUUGUUUGCUGGCAAGGAUAUAUUGGGACAGAUAUCAGAGUUCUGUCAGGAGAUCAAGAAGUUGAUUGUCAUGAAGGAGGGGUCUUCUGCUGCCCAGGAAGAGGUCAAAAAGGAAGAACUAGAAGUGGUGGAGAAGAAGGUUUCGGAUAAAGAAGUUCCAAAGAGUUUGAAUAUGAAUUCCAACAUGGAUGGCAAGAGAAAGGGUGGGCUUAUGAAGAAAGGUGAUAUGAUGCUGAAAGUUGAGAAAGUGGAGGAGAAAUGCAAGAAGAAUGGUGAUGAGAAUUCACCAUUACUGAAAAAAGAAGCAGUGAGAUCAUGCCCGCCUACACCGCAGCGAUUUCCUUCUCCUGCAACUAGGCGCCUCAAGAGCACCAAAGCUGCUGCUGCUGCUGCUGCUACUAGUUCCCCUCUUAAAUCUACAACACCGCAGAGGGGAAUUCUUAGAGAGCUGGUGCAGAGCAGUGUAGAGAAGAAGCCAUUAAGAGCAAUGGAUGAGAACAGUGCUUCUGUUUCUGAUGAAAAUGAGGGGAAAUCUCUGGAUGUGUUCUGGUUCCUGAAGCCUUGCAAUUACUUAUCUAAGUGAUACUGUUCGAUUCUUAUUGUUUUGUUUGUUUAUACAUAUUCAUCAUUCAUUUUCA